CCUCCUGUCAUGGUAGGCAGCAAUACUGAAGGUCUUGGUUCUUUAUGCAAGUUUGUUCCUUCUGGGGGAUCUUUUAACGUAUCGUGGCGUGGUCACACCGAACGUAACCUUUUUUCGCUUUCUUACUCAACAAUAAGAAUUUUUGUAUAUGUCUAAUGAAAAAAAGCAGAGUCAUCAUAAUAAGUAUCGAGAUUCACGUAAGAAAGAAUUUCGUAUAACUUCACGUUAAUACAUGUAUGCUAUGUUCGGCCGUAGCAUAAUCAUGGCGACCAAUAAAUCACAACGACUGGACGAUCUCGUACAAACGGUUACUCUGCACAAUUCGCGAAAAUUAUUAUUCAAUGGUUACGUCUUACCCUUUGUAAUAUUGCAAUUUGUGUGGAUUUAUAGUUGGAUUUUUGUUUAUGGUUUCGAUGAGUAUUACGAUGCAGGUCUGGUUGGAAUCGCUGCAAUUGGUGUGCUACAAAUUUUUGUCUGCUUGUGCUGUCAAUGGUCUGUGCAUGUGCAUACCUUUUUAAAUUGCAGUUCGGAAAAGAAUCCAUAUAUAGCAACAAUAGCUAAGGUAGUGCCUGUCCCAAAUAAUGGAAGUUCAGAACUUGUAAAAUUACAUCACGCAGAAAAACAAGAACCAUGGUUCGUAUUUCAAAAAACGAAGUAUUAUUGGGAACCAAAUGCAAAAUGUUUUAAAAGUCUUCAAUUUCCAAUCAAUCAAUCAAUUAAACAUUAUUCUGAAUGGAAAGGAUAUCUUGAUGAGAAAGAAGUUACAGCUGCUGAGGAGAAAUGUGGUAAAAAUAAAUUGGAUAUGUUUGUACCAGAGUUUUGGGAACUUUUUAAAGAAAGAGCUAUUGCACCAUUCUUUGUUUUUCAAGUAUUUUGCGUGGCACUUUGGUGUCUGGAUAAAUAUUGGUAUUAUAGUAUUUUCACUCUUAUUAUGCUUAUUAUGUUUGAAUGUACGCUUGUACAACAGCAACUCAGAAAUAUGGCUGAAAUACGGAAAAUGGGAAAUAAACCGUAUAUGAUAAUGGUUUAUAGAAACAGAAGAUGGCGUUACAUGUUUACUGAUCAGUUAGUUCCCGGUGAUAUUGUUUCAAUAACAAGAUCUCAAAAUGAUAAUUUAGUUCCAUGUGACAUGUUAUUAUUAAGAGGCCCAUGUAUUGUGGAUGAAAGUAUGCUAACAGGUGAAUCUGUUCUUCAAAUGAAAGAACCAAUAGACGAUAUAGAUGGAAAUAGAGAUUUGAACAUAGAAGGCGAUGAUAAACUUCAUGUAUUAUUUGGAGGAACAAAAGUAGUACAACAUACACCACCUAGUAAAAAUGUGUCAGGUCUCAGAGCUGUUGAUAAUGGAUGUGUUGCUUAUGUUUUGCGUACUGGAUUUUCAACAUCACAGGGUAAACUCCUGAGAACCAUCUUAUUUGGAGUUAAACGUGUUACAGCAAAUAAUCUUGAAACAUUUGGAUUCAUUCUAUUUCUUCUGAUAUUUGCAAUUGCUGCUGCAGCUUAUGUUUGGAUCAAAGGCAGUGAGGAUCCAACAAGAAAUAAGUAUAAGUUAUUUCUGGAGUGUACACUUAUUCUUACAUCCGUUGUACCACCAGAAUUACCCAUUGAAUUGUCAUUAGCUGUAAACACUUCUUUGUUAGCUUUAUCUAAAUUAGGUGUAUUUUGUACAGAACCUUUUAGAAUACCAUUCGCAGGGAAAGUUGAAAUUUGUUGUUUUGAUAAAACUGGAACUUUAACAAGUGACAAUCUUGUUGUCGAAGGAAUAGCAGGGAUUGAUGGUAAAGCAGAUGUGAUGCCACUCUCAGAUGCACCUUUAGAAAGUGUGCAAGUACUUGCAACAUGCCAUUCCCUUGUUCAGUUGGACGAUGGAAUUGUCGGAGAUCCACUUGAGAAAGCUACACUGAAAGCUGUAAAUUGGAGCCUCACUAAAAGUGAUUCAGUAAUACCAAAAAAAGGCAAAUCACCUGUACUAAAGAUUUUACAAAGACAUCAUUUCUCGUCUGCAUUAAAAAGAAUGUCAGUUGUCGCAGGAUACACAUCACCAGGUUCAUCUGAAAAUCAUUACAUAGUUACAGUAAAAGGUGCACCUGAAACUGUAAAAAAUAUGUUGUCUUCUGUCCCCGAUAAUUAUGAUUCAACAUAUUUGUCUCUUUCUCGCCGUGGUGCAAGAGUACUAGCUUUGGGAUAUCGUAAGCUUUCAACUCCUUUAUCUGCCCAGGAAUUGAGAGAGUUUACUCGGGAAGAUUUAGAAAAAAAUCUUUCAUUUGCUGGAUUUGUUAUUAUAAGUUGUCCACUUAAACCUGACUCUAAGGCAGUUAUAAAAGAAAUUCUCAAUGCUUCUCAUUCUGUAGUUAUGAUUACUGGAGAUAAUCCCUUGACAGCUUGUCAUGUCAGUCGUGAAUUACAUUUUACGAAAAAACCAGUUACUCUGAUUUUAAUGGAAAAUGAUGGUGAAUGGUUUUGGGAAAGUGUAGAUCGAAAAACACAAAUACCUUUAAGUUAUAAGAAUGUUAAAUCACAAGGCAGCGAAAUUUGGAAAGAACAUACUCUCUGUGUAACUGGAGAGGGACUCUCGUAUUUGAAUGAAAAUAACAUGAAUCUCUUACGAAAAUUGUUACCGCAUAUUGUAAUAUUUGCUCGAUGUGAGCCAAAACAGAAAGAAUUUAUUAUUGUUUCUUUACAAUCAUUGGGAUAUACAACAUUGAUGUGCGGUGAUGGAACAAAUGAUGUAGGUGCAUUAAAACAUGCUCAAGUGGGUGUUGCGAUUUUGUCUAGUCUACCUGAAAGAGCAUCGAUGGAGAAACGAGAAAAUUCAUCGGUUGGAUCGGGUGGAAAUACAAAUGCAACUGUAACAAAUACACCAAAAAGUAAUGGACCUCGAAUGAAUAUAAGACAUCAAUCUAAUAUGCAAACAAAAAUUCAAAAAAUAUUGAAAGAUCUUAAAGAACAGGAACAAUCUGUCAUCAUAAAACUUGGAGAUGCAUCUAUUGCUGCACCAUUUACAAGCAAAAUGUCUUCUAUUCAGUGUAUAUGCCACGUAAUUAAACAAGGACGAUGUACAUUAGUCACAACAUUGCAAAUGUUUAAAAUAUUGGCUUUGAACGCAUUAGUACUGGCUUAUAGUCAAUCUGUUCUGUAUUUGGAUGGUAUUAAAUUCAGUGAUGCUCAGGCAACUUUACAGGGUAUUCUUUUAGCAGCCUGUUUUCUAUUUAUAUCUAGAUCAAAACCACUGAAAACUCUAUCUAAACAAAGACCACUGCCAAAUAUUUUUAAUCUAUACACUAUUGCAACAGUCUUGCUGCAAUUUGCUGUACAUUUCUUUUGUCUUGUGUUUUUAGUAAAAGAAGCUACGCUUUUAUCUGUAAGGGAUGAUAAGUUAUCAGCAAUUUUUGCUGCCGAUACGGACGUAAAUCAAAAUGUUUCUAUUGAUUCUUCCAAUAAUGAUGAAGAUAAACCAUUUGAGGCCAAUUUAAUUAAUAGCACUGUUUAUAUAGUAGCUAUGGCACUUCAAGUAUCCACUUUUGCCAUUAAUUAUCGGGGACAACCAUUUAUGGAGAGUCUAACACAAAAUAAAUCAUUGUUGUACAGUCUCUUGGGUAGUUCCGCUGUUAUUUUAUCAUUAGCUUGUGGGCUCUUACCAGACGUAGCUUCGCAAUUGGAAAUUGUCGAUUUUCCAAAUGAUUUUCGAAGAGUUUUGGUUCAGAUACUCGUGGCAGACUUUGUGCUUGCAUAUAUUGCUGACAGAACUUGUCUGUGGCUUUUUGGCGAGGGAAAACAUUACAAACUGUGAUGAGAACAUUUUCUGAAUAAGAUCAUAAUUUAUAAGGUAAUACUUUUUACGCACGAGAUGUAAGUCUCAAUGGUCUUGUUUUACUAAGAUAAUUUGUCUACAUACUAAAUAUUAAGUAUCUCAUGUUACCUAAAGUAUAAACGUAUUAUUUUUUAAAUG